AAAUUAUAGAAUCUCCCAUUUUGGAGAAAAUUACUUUGUCCAUUUUAUGUAUUUAAGUGGUUGAAGCUUUGCACUUUUUAUAUCAUAUUCCCAAACAGCAAUUAAGAUUCCAUAAAUAUGCUGAGGCUGUUUAUUUUGCCAGAUGGGUUUUGAGACCCUGCUGAAAUAAGAGCUGCCCUCAUUUAUAUUUCCCUCAAAUUCUACCACAAACCACACUUGGGAGAGAAAAAAAAGUCGCCAUGUAAGCAUGUUUACCUUCCACUGACUAGGAAGCUGAAACGUUUCUGUAAGUGAUGACUCACCAUCUCAGGUCUAUAAAAGCCAAGGUGCUGUCUGUGCAAAGGCAGCAGCCUCCAGACACAGCCGUCCAGGAUGCUUCCCGGGGUCCUGCUUGCCUUCCUCUUCCUGAGCUGGACUCACUGUCGGGCCCUGCCCCUUCCUAAUGAUGAUGAUGAUGAUGAUUUGUCCGAAGAAGACCUCCAGUUUGCAGAGCGCUACCUGAAAUCAUACUACUACCCUCCGAAUCUUGCGGGAAUCCUGAAGAAGACUUCAGCAAGCUCCAUGAUUGACAGGCUUCGAGAAAUGCAGUCUUUUUUUGGCUUAGAAGUGACCGGCAAACUUGACGAUAACACCUUAGAUAUCAUGAAAAAGCCAAGAUGCGGGGUUCCUGACGUUGGCGAAUACAAUGUUUUCCCUCGAACUCUCAAAUGGACCAAAACGAAUUUAACUUACAGAAUUGUGAACUACACCCCUGAUAUGACUCAUUCUGAAGUUGAAAAGGCAUUUAAAAAAGCCUUCAAAGUUUGGUCUGAUGUGACACCUCUAAAUUUUACCAGACUUCAUGAUGGCACUGCUGAUAUCAUGAUCUCUUUUGGAAUUAAAGAGCAUGGUGACUUCUAUCCGUUUGAUGGACCCUCUGGUCUCUUGGCUCACGCUUUUCCUCCUGGACCGAAUUACGGAGGAGAUGCCCAUUUUGAUGAUGACGAAACCUGGACAAGUAGUUCCAAAGGUUACAACUUGUUUCUUGUUGCUGCCCAUGAGCUUGGCCACUCCUUAGGUCUUGAUCACUCCAAGGACCCAGGAGCACUCAUGUUCCCCAUCUACACUUACACCGGCAAAAGCCACUUCAUGCUGCCUGAGGAUGAUGUUCAAGGGAUCCAAUUUCUCUACGGUCCAGGAGACGAAGACCCCAACCCUAAACAUCCCAAAACACCAGACAAAUGUGACCCAUCCUUAUCCCUUGAUGCCAUUACCAGUCUCCGAGGAGAAACCAUUAUCUUUAAAGACAGAUUCUUUUGGCGCCUGCAUCCUCAGCAAGUUGAUGCAGAGCUAUUUUUAACAAAAUCGUUUUGGAUGGAACUCCCCAACCGGAUCGAUGCUGCGUAUGAGCAUCCUUCUCACGACCUGGUCUUCAUCUUCAGAGGUAGAAAAUUUUGGGCUCUUAAUGGUUAUGACAUUAUGGAAGGUUAUCCAAAAAAAAUAUCUGAACUGGGAUUUCCAAAAGAGGUGAAGAAGAUCAGUGCAGCCGUUCACUUUGAGGAUAGAGGCAAGACUCUGUUCUUCUCAGGAAACCAGGUCUGGAGCUAUGAUGAUACUAAUCAUAUUAUGGAUAAAGACUAUCCCAGACUCAUAGAAGAAGACUUCCCAGGCAUUGGUGAUAAAGUAGAUGCUGUCUACGAGAAAAACGGUUAUAUCUAUUUUUUUAAUGGACCCAUACAGUUUGAAUACAGCAUCUGGAGUGACCGUAUUGUUCGCGUCAUGCCAACAAAUGCCCUAUUGUGGUGUUAAGUGUCUUUUACAACUGAUUAUUUAAAUCCUAAAAAGCAUUUGGAAUGAUACUUCCAGAAGUGCAGGAGCAGGGAGAGGAGAGACCCCAGGGGAAAGCUUAGUUCUGUGAACAAGCUGCAGUAAGUUAUCUCUGACUGUUAUUAUUGUAUGAUUAUGCGUGGCUGGAACCACACUGAAAAACUUUAAAUCAAGGAAAUGGAGGCUCUCCAAGCACCUUUACAGAAGCCAUGAUACUAUUCCCUACACCAAAAAUGAGACACACGGGCAGUGAGAGUCAGCAUACUUUUAAAAUGUUUAUAAAGAAACUUUACGAAGGCAUAAAAGAAAUCACAUGUAUAUAACGGACGAAUCAUAUGAAAAAGUAUAAAAUGGUAUGAAAAUGGAAUUUAGGGGGAACCUAUAUAUGGCUAUAAGGUAGCCAUAUAUAAAAUAGAUAUAUGAAAGAGAAAUGUCUGUAAUAAAUAGAUUUCAAAGGAAUGAUUUGUGUUUUGCACUGAGAACAUUUAGACAUAUCUGCCUUCUCCACACUCUUUACACACACAGCAGGAAAACAAGGUACUUAAGACAGGCGUCAAAGGUGUGGCCUUUGGAUCCUAUUUGAUUUUUAUUUGAUUUUUACUUUUGGCAAGGACUCUAGGGCUGCCCUUAAAAAAUAGAGACAAACACUCUUUUUAUGAAAAUAUUGGGGGCUUUUCAAAAGUCACACAAGCAAAAUUAAAGUUAUCAAAAUAAUCUAAGGCCAUAGCAUUUCUUUUUCAUAAAUCAUUUGAUUAUUUAAGACUAAAAGCAAUGUGUUAACCCUAUUUUAUCUAAAUAAUUAUUUCAAUUGUCCAGUUCACCUUACACAUAUAGGCUAUUUUCUAUAGACUUGUAUAAAAUCAAAUAAAGUAUAUCUUAUAAAUCGGAGGGUAUGUGUUAAAGCAGCGACAUCUAAAACAAAGAAGAUGGUGUACUAGAUUUUGAUCUUUUGAAAUAGAUCUUUUGAGAGGGGCCUUUUCUUUUUAACUGACAUUUUUCACAGUGCCCAUCACUUUGAAAGGCGCCGUUGAACAUAUGAGUGGCUUUCAAGGGAAGAACUACGGUGCUGAGAGUUCUCGUUCAUAAAAAACUCAGGCAACAAAAAUGAAGUAUAUAUUUGCAAAAUGUAUU